AUGAUAUCUGGACUAUAGAAGAUUAGAUUCAGGAAAGAAGAGUAAGAGAAGAUGGAAGAUUAAGAGAUUGAAUUGGAAGCACUUAAUAAAGUUGAUAAAGAAUUGGAAAUGCUAGAUAACAGUUCGUAAUAUUAGAUUGAGUAUAUUUAUAGAGUAUGGAAAUCAAAACCAUUAAGAAUUAUAUAGAAAAUAACAAUUUUCAUUACUAGACUUAAACAUAGUUCAACUACUUACAGAUUUAAAUUGUUAAAGAAAAGCAUUUUUCUAUUAAUUAGAGAUAAGGCUUCUUCAUUUCAAUAUUAUCUAAAUAAUUAUAUGUUAUUUCAAAAACCUACUAGAGUAAUAUAAUUAAAAUUAAUUUAGUGGAUAUAAAUUAAAUAUGAUGCUCAUGCUAACAAUCCAUUAUGGUGGCGUUUUUGGUGUUUUAUUAAAAGUGAUGAAACAGUUCUAUUACCAGCAGAUAAAUUUCUGUUUAUAUGGGAUUUAUUGAUGAUGUUAGUAACAAUUGCUAACAUAUUUUAUGUACCUUUGUAAUUGUCAUUUAAUUUAAAUGAAGAUGAUUUGGGUAGCAUCUUUACUCUUUUUAGUACAAUACCAAGUUGUAUAUUUUUAAUUGAUUUAAUCUUAACAUUUUUUAAAGGAUAUUAUGAUAGAGGAAUAUUAUAAAGAAAUAAAGGAAAGAUCUUUUGGCAUUAUAUUAAGGGUGAUUUUUUAUUAGAUUUGGCAAUAGUAUUACCUUUUAUUUUAUCAUGGAUGGGAUAUUCAGCUGCAAAUUAUUUGAUGUUGAUUCGAAUGACAAGAGUCAGAAGAACAAUGAUAGUAAUUGAAGAGAUAUCAAAUUUUAAAGAAAAGAGUGCUAUAAUUUAUUAAUUAUUUUGUCUAAUCUAUUCUCUAUUAUUGAUUUCUCAUUUUUGUGCUUGUCUAUUCCAUUAUUUUGCUCUUUAUGAAGUAGAAUAAGGUUACACUCACACUUGGUUACAUCAAUAGAAUAUAUUUGAUGAGGAUUUGUACACCAAAUAUUUCAAUUCACUCUAUUGGAUUACUAUUACAUCAAUGACUGUUGGAUAUGGCGAUAUUGUUCCAGUUACAACCCCUGAGAAAAUAUUAGUCACUAUCAUUACUUUCUUAGUCACUGGAGUUUUUGGGUACGCAUUAGGAAUGAUAUAAAGUAUUUUCUAUAAAAUGGCAGAGCAAACUAACAUAAACAAUUCCAGAUUGAGAUUAGUGAGUAAUCAUAUCAAGUAGAGAGGAUUGAAUACUUAAUUACAGUUUAGAGUUCGCAAAUAUAUAGAAUAUUAUUUGUAAUUUAAGUAAGAUGAAGAAUUAGAUUUGGAUGAACUUAUGGGAUAACUCAAUCCUAAAUUAAAAUAAGAAGUCUAAAUAGCAAUGUAUUAUCGUUAUUUAAAACAUUCUAAAUUGUUUGGAACCAAUUUUUCUGAUGAUCUAAUUAAAAAAUUAUGUUUCUGUAUUCAUGAAAGAACAUUUGCACCUGAAGAUGUUAUUAUUAGGUAAUAAUUAUAAUAAUUCAUUUAGAAAAGAUGAAUUACCAAAUUAAUUAUAUAUUGUUUUAGCAGGAUAAGUUAAAUCUCUUAUAUUAGAAAAAUCAAUUAAAAGAUAUUAAUAAGGAAAUUUACUUUGUGAAAGAGAAUUCUUUUAUUAAGAUUUUAUGCAAUAUAAUAUUGUUGCAUCUUCUUUUGUUCAAGUAGCCUACUUGAAUCUCUCUGAAUUUUAAUCUAUUAUAUAAAAUCAUAGAUCUAGUUUUGAACAAUACAGGUAUGCAAUAGACAAUACUGUUUUUGGUCAAAAUACUAAUUUGAUUAUUUGUGAGGCUUGUUAGUCUCAUCAUUAAUUCAAAAAUUGUCCUCUUGUUUUCUUUAAAAAAAAUAAUGGCAAAGUGUUAGCUGCUUAUCAUAGUAAUCAUGUAUAAAACAGACAAACAUUUGCUAGAAAAAAAUCUAAAUACAAAUAAUAAAAAAAUCUUAUUCUCAAUGGAGCUUAUGAUCAUAUAAUUAAGAUGAGAACAUAAUUAGGAGUAUAAGUUGAUUAAGCAUUUUUAAAUAAAAUAGGAUAUCCAGGUUAUGAAUAAUAAGAAGAAAGUGAUGAUGAAGAAGAAGAUAAAUAUUAAUCUCCUUAAGCAAGAAGAUAGAGUUUUUCUUAAUUUAAUGAACAUUAACAUUCACACUCUCAAAAAACUCUUCCUUAAGAUGAAAAUUAUAAUGAUUUUGAUAUUGAUAAAGUUGAAGAAUAUGAAUUCUAUUAUCCGCAUGAUAAUAUAAGUAAAAUAAGUAAAAUUGUAAACAAAUAACAAUUAUUACGGAGACUGUUAGAUAAAGUAUCAAAUAAAAAGAAUUUAUUUGCUAGCCUUGUAUUUAGAUAAGUAGUAUAGAAAAUUAUAUGA